UGAGGUUCAUUGUGACUGAAAAAGGACAAAUAAUGCGAAUCCAGAUGAAAGAGGAGCUUCGGCAGCAAUCUAAACAAAGUCGGAUAAAUGUGUUUGCUCCUGAUGAAAAAAUAAUUACAAAAAGGAGAGCCGGUUCCCAACAAGCCAAAGUGAAUAAAAACAGAAUAAUGGGUUACAGAAAUAGUCUGGUUCAGAAUAACUUCAAUAGAUCUGGGAUGCUCAAAACAGCUAGGGAGCUGAACCCCAAAGAUGAACUCUAUGAAAUACCAAAGAACCUAAUGAAUGAGAUAGAUGAGAUCAGCUCCCUAAAGGCUCUCAAAGACAAGAAAGUUGAUAAAACCGAUAUGUCUAUCUUCCAAGACUCUAACGCUAAAGGUAUGAAGAAGCACAAUAGUAUGCCAAAUAUAAAAGAAAUCCCAAAAACUCAUAAGAACGCUUUCAACAUUAAAAAGGCAUCAGUGUUAGACAUCAUUAGUACUAUUGAGAGCCCUUCACACUGGAGAUACUUCCUCAGAAAGAAAGAGAAGAAGGAUAAGUACCUUAGCAACAUGAAAUCAGGUCCUUUCCUGGCUGGAAGUACUCAUUCUGGCUUCGGUAACACAGUAGGAAUUGGUUGGAAGAAUAAAUAAACUCCAACAAACCCUAACAGGCAAGAUGUACACUGGAUCUGAGCAAGAUGAAGAAUUGUACAAAACCAUUAAGAAUUUCAACUAUAAAGUCGCUGAUGAGCUAAGCCCUCAACAGAUCUUAGGCCGCCAGAAUGAACAAGAAAUUGAACGUAUGAAAAUACUCAGGAACAUCAAGAAGAAGUCAGCUGAUUUGCAAGAAAAGAGAAGGAGAUAUAAAUAAGAAUUUUCAACAGAAGAAACCAAGAUUUGGUUUAAAUGCAGAGACUUAUAUUGAAAAUGAGUCGAGUUUUAUUAGCAAGCUAGAUGAGCAGCAAUCAGCAUUGAAGCGUAGCAAAGAGCGGAUGGCUAUAAUCCACAGUAAGAAAUACUCCAAGUACUGGGAGAACCCAAGAGUGCAUAGGCUGACAAGAUCAAAAGAGUUCUUUCCUUAUGAAGCCUUUCAAUAA